AUGAAUGUUUCGACAUCUGUUCGAUCUUCUGUAAAAACUUCAAAUGCAUGCUUGGAUCUUGUGUUGGAGUUUGAGGGUUGCAAGACAAAAAUUGAUUUGAUUUAUUUGCCCUUUAAGGGUCUUGAUGUGAUUGUGGACAUGGAUUGGCUAACAGCUAAUGGUGCCAUGCUUGAUUGUGAAGCAAAAACUGUUUCUUUACCUAUGUAUUGCAUGCCUAUUGAAGUGCCUAGUGGCUCUCUUUUGUUGUCAGCUGUUCAAGUAUUUCCUAAGGUAGUAUCAGGAUUACCCCCUGAGCGAGAAGUGGAGUUUUCUAUUGGUUUAGCUCCUAGGACAGAGCCUAUCUCUAAGGCUCCCUAUCGAAUGACUUCUGCUGAAUUGGCAGAACUAAAGAAGCAGUUUGAAGAAUUACUUUAG